CCAAGCCCGCCGCCGUCCCGGGUGGCCUCUCCUCCCCGCCCGGCUCCGCGCGCUCCAGCCCUGCGGGAGGCUGCGGCGAGAAGCUGCGGCUCCGGGUGCGGUGCGGGGCGCGCGGGCAAGAGGCGGGCGAAAGGCGGGCGCCCAACAGGCCAGCCGGCGCCGCACUAUGCUCCCCAGCGCGGUGGCAGCCCACGCCGGUGCGUACUGGGACAUGGUGGCUUCCUCCGCGCUCCUCAACCUCCCCGCUGCGCCCGGCUUUGGCAACCUGGGCAAGAGUUUCCUGAUCGAGAAUUUGCUGCGGGUCGGGGGCGCCCCGACGCCUGGGCUGCAGCCACCCGCGCCCCACGGCCCGGCAACCGCUCUGGCCACCGCGGGCGCGCAGCUCCGGCCCCUGCCCGCUAGCCCAGUUCCCCUAAAGCUGUGCCCCGCAGCCGAACAAGUUAGCCCCGCCGGGGCGCCCUACGGAACGCGGUGGGCUUUUCAAGUGCUCAGUCCCUCUGCGGACAGUACGAGGCUGCCGGGCCGGGCUCUGGGGGACCGAGACUGUACCUUUCAGCCUUCAGCGCCAGCACCUUCCAAACCUUUUCUUCUGAGCGUCCCGCCAUUCUACUCAGCGUGCUGCGGUGGGUCCUGUCGGCGCCCUGCAUCCUCCGCUGCUUUUCCAAGAGAAGAGAGCGUGCUGCCUCUCCUGACACAGGACUCUAAUUCCAAAGCUCGGAGGGGCAUUUUAAGAAGAGCUGUCUUUUCUGAGGACCAGAGAAAGGCUCUGGAGAAAAUGUUUCAGAAACAGAAAUAUAUCAGCAAAACAGACCGAAAGAAACUUGCCAUCAACUUGGGACUAAAGGAAUCACAGGUGAAAAUUUGGUUUCAGAACAGAAGGAUGAAAUGGCGGAAUUCCAAAGAAAAGGAAGUGCUUUCCAACAGGUGUAUCCAAGAAGUAGGUCUUCAAGAGGAUCCCCUCUCACGGUCUGCUCUGGGUUUCCCUUCUCCAUGUCCUUCAAUAUGGGACGGCCCCCAACAGCACUCAAGUCCAAGAUGGAGGGAGAAUUCUCCAGAACCUUCAGAAAGACUAAUCCAGGAGAGUUCAGGGGCACCACCCCCAGAUGCAAAUUCACUGCAAGGUGCCUUGUAUUUAUGUUCUGAAGAAGAAGCUGGAAGCAAGGGUGUACUUACCAGGGCCGUCUGAAUGGAAGCAUUCUUCCGUGUUAAUUUAAAAGAAGGCUUAAUAGUAACAUUUGGACUGUAAUGCCAGCUAGCUUGUACCUCAUCAGUGCUUAGAGCCUAACGACUUUGGAGCGAUAUAUGAACUAAUGCUUUAGGAAACCCACUCCAGUGUUCUCUUGUCUGGCCCUGGACUCAGGCUUAAUUUGUAAGUGGAAUAGAAUCUCCCAGGAAGUAUGACAGAACUGAAAAGAAUGAGAGCAACAGCUGGCUCGGUCCCUGCUCUGAGUAUGUGUAUAUAUGUGUUUGUCUCUAUGUGUGUGUAUAUACAUAAAUAUCCAUUAAAAUGUAUUAGUAGAAA